AUGGCCCUGAAACGUACUCGCGCAGCGCUUGAGGCCGACCUCCAAGCGGAGCAAUCCCCAUACGCCUUCUACGGAACCCCAUUACCCCCACUGGACGAGGGAGUACGCGAUGAUGGUUCCUUCGUACCAGUAUGGAAGCAGGAAGUGAAAGAUGAACAUGGGAACAAACGUCUCCACGGUGCUUUCACCGGUGGAUUCAGCGCGGGGUACUUCAACUCUGUCGGCUCAAAAGAAGGAUGGACGCCCGCAACCUUUGUAUCAUCACGCCAGAACCGCGCCAAGAAGGAGGAAAUGAAACGACCCGAGGAUUUCAUGGACGCGGAAGACCUGCGAGAGCAAGAAGAAGCCAGACAGUUACAGACCGCCGAUGAGUUCGCUGGCUUCGGAACCGAGCAUGAUGCCACACGAAGAGCAGGUCUGAUGGACAUAUUGAAAACCGGCGGAGAAACUAUGGGAGUGAAACUACUGAAAAAGAUGGGUUGGCGCGAAGGCCAGGGCAUCGGUCCAAAAGUGCGGCGUAGAGCUGAUUUGGGCGAUACCUCUGCCCCAGCCGCCGAUGCCCAGGAGACGUACCUCUUUGCGCCUGAAAACCCACCCCUGGUUGCUUUCAUUCGCAAGACCGACCGCAAAGGCCUUGGGUUUGAAGGUGAAUCGCGGCUGGAGUCUCACGCUAUAGGACCUGCUCCCGCCGAGGAAUCCGACUCAUUCUUCGGGGGCCGUUUGGCCAUACAGGGGAAAUCCCAUCAACCAAAACCAAAGGUAGCGCGUUCUGGGGGAUUAGGCGUUGGCCCUCUCAAUGACACUGGGUCGGACGAUGAGGACCCUUAUUCUUUAGGCCCACAGAUCUCAUACAACAAGACUAUCGGAGGGGACAAGAAGAAAAAGAAGAAGGUCAAACCAGAACCAACAAUUGCGUCAGCCAAUCCACUCUUGAAAUCGAAGCCCGUGUUCAUAUCGAAGAAGGUAGCAGCUUCACGAGGGUCUGGGGGAUUCAGGAAGUGCCGUGACGGACGUCUGCCCCUAGAUGGAUUCGUUCUUGCGGAUGCCAUUUCAACCCUAUCGAUCUCAGAGAAGAAAUAUGACGCACCUGUCAUACCCGAGGAUUGGAAAUCGACCAAGCAAGUCUCGGCAGAAAAACGAGACCGACAGAACUAUGUCUCAACAGCCGAUGCUGCAAAAGCCUCGGCGCUCGAUCCCGCCUCAAGAGCAGCACUUCUGGGUGAGGCUCAACUGCCUGGCAAGUCUAUAUUCGAUUGGAUGACACCCGAAGCACGAGAGAAGAUUGCCAGACUCACCGGCAAAACCAAUUUGCCCCCGGCUUUAGGAGAAAAGGCACCUAAAGGAUACGAACUUCCCGAAGCGCAAAAACGGAAGGAUCUUUGGGACCUCGUUCCGAAACUCGACAAGCAGACCGCCGCCCUAGCUCUAGCCCGGGCCGUGAGCGGAUGGAUGCCUUAUCAGGAAGAUGAGAGCAAACGUGCACGCUACCGGGCGUUUCUCGAGAUUAGUGCUGGGACUCGUGCUACCCUUCCAGAACGGGCGGAUGGGGCCAGCACCGAUAACUGGGUAAUAGAGAUGCAGGAGUUCUGCCGAGCUGCAGAGGUCUUCAAACCCAUGUCCGGGGCCAUGGCAUCCCGAUUUACAUCGUCCUCUUCUGCACCUAAGAUUGUCUCUGACGCGCCCGACUCUGCAGAAUCUGUGCUGAGCAAACCUGCCGAGAAACCAGAUGAUCCCGCAGUGGCAGCUGCCAAAAUCGGCAUGUUCGGUCAAAUGACCCGAAGCACCAUAGAAUUCUACCCAUCCCGUUUAUUAUGCAAGCGCUUCAACGUCAAGCCACCAAACAAUGUGCAGCUUGACCCCACAGAACGACCUGCGGCUUCCAGCGCCGGACCGGGUACGCGGUUCGAGUCCGCUGGAUUCCAAGCUGACACCGGUCCCAAGGAAUUAGUGUCCCAGGAAGUCAUGAACCAACUUCUCAUGGACUCAUUAGGCUAUAUACCAGGGGCCGACGGAUCCGAUCCGUCUGCAAAUGGCCUCUCUGCUAGAGCGCCGCCACCCGCUAUUGAACCAGAGCGCAAUGAAGCCCUGGAGGCAGAGCGGCCUGGCGAUGCUAUUUUUAAAGCUAUCUUUGGUAGUGAUGACGAGGAUGACGAGUUUUGA